UAGCGAUUCCUAAUAUUAACAAACCAUCACUUUCUAUUCUACAUCCAUCGGUACUCACUAAACUUUUAGUACGCAUAAAGUUGGAACUCCUUGUUUUCGCAAAGCAAUACAAUGCCGCAUUUAAUUAAAGAUUCGUCGGAUUUGAACAAUCAACUUAAAGAAGCUGGAGCAAAGUUAGUUGUGAUUGACUUUUUUGCAACUUGGUGCGGUCCGUGCAAAUUAAUUGCUCCAAAGCUUGAGGAAUUGGCAAAAGAAUACGAAGGGAGGGUUGUUGUAUUAAAGGUUGACGUGGAUGAAUGUGAAGAUAUCGCAAUGGAGUACAACGUCUCUAGCAUGCCAACGUUUGUAUUUAUUAAAGAAAGUAAACAAAUAAACUCGUUUGCAGGUGCAAACGGUGAGAAGUUAGCGGAUUUUAUUGCAAAAAAUGUAUAAAUGUAAAUUCUGACAACUUUUAUUAUGUAUUUUCUUAUUUUCAAUGGAUUUAGCAAAAUUUUGUACAUUCUUGUAUGCACCUCUAUUUUUCUCUAAUUGUUAAUUGUGAUCAAAUACAGAAAUUUGUAUAAACCAAUAAA